AUGGCCCUCAACUUCAUUUACAAGUUCGUCCUCCUCGCCGCAUUCGUGGCUUGCGCCAAUGCCGGCUUAGUCCCUGAGACACAUGUAACCUAUGCCGCAGCAGCCCCAGUCUACGCUGCACCCGUAGCCAACUCAGUGGUGACGAAAACCGUCGAUGCCGAGCACGAUCCUCAUCCCCAGUACUCUUACUCGUACGACGUCCACGACUCGCUCACCGGUGACGUGAAAGCUCAGCACGAGACCCGUGACGGCGAUGUCGUUAGCGGUAGCUAUUCGCUGGUCGACUCUGACGGAACGAAGCGCACCGUUGACUACACUGCUGAUUCGGUCAACGGAUUCAACGCCGUUGUGCACAAGGAACCCGCCCAAGUGGAAGUCACGGCCGCCGUCGCCCCCAGCGUCAAGACCGUCGCCGCCGCUCCAGUAGUUAAGACCGUUCACGCUGCUCCGGAGGUCAAGACCGUUGUCGCUGCUGCACCUGCGGUCACCACCUACGCAGCCUCCACUCCGGUGAUCAAGACCGUGUACAACACCCCAGUGGCUACCUACGCCGCUCCCGGCCCAGUCGUCAAGUCCAUCCAUGCCUCCGUGCCAGUAGCCUACUCCGCGUCUUACCCCUUCGCCCAAACCUACGCGGCUGCUCCCUUCGUCGCUAAAUACUCUACCUCUCCAGCCGUGACAACCUAUGCUGCUGCCCCUGCCAUCGCCACCUACUCGGCUACCCCGUUCGUCACUAAGUAUGCUGCUGCUCCUGCCGUAGCCACCUACCCCGCCGCCCCCGCCGUCGCCACCUACUCGGCUGCCCCACUAGUCACCAAGUACGCAGCUGCUCCCGCCGUCACCAGCUACGCUACCGCACCUGCUGUCACAAGCUACUCUGCCCCACCUGCUGUCACCAGCUACUCUGGCGCACCUGCUGUCACCUACUCGACUGCUCCAGUUGUCAAAUCUGUGCAUACUUCCGUGCCAGUAGCCACCUACUCGGCCUCUUAUCCAUUUGCUCAGACUUACGCUGCUCCUGCCGUCGCCCACGCCGCCUAUGCCACCGCACCCGUGGUCUGGUAA